AGAACCGGAGUGGCGCUCCAGCCUGUGGUUGUAAAUUCAUGACAUUCCGAUGUUUGUUCAAAAAAUAGUCACCAGUUGAAGAGUUUAAUUUACACACUCACACAUCAAGGACAAAGGUUUGGAGACUUUUCCCAGAGACAACGCUCCCUUCAGCAGUGGCUGUUGAGUUAGGCUGCAUGCACAGAGAGGCUGAGAGGACACCUGAAAAAAUGUCUGCUUGGCAAUCAGUGCGCGGCUUGGAUGCAUUGCUGGAAGAGGAAUGCUUGCCAGAAGUUACGCUCCUUGAUGAUACAUGUGACUCAUUUCUUUCUGGUAGCAUGCCAGCUACUCCUGUGACCGCUGGGUCUUUGAAAAGCUGGAUUACUUCUCUCCAGCUUUCCCAACUGACUUCAUCCCCAAAUUCAAACACCAAGACUGAAAUAAUCCGCCCUCUGAAUAAGAGCAUGGACAGAUACUUCCCAGAUAUUACUCUUCUUGAUGUUACGCGGGAUUCUGAGAUAUCACAAGUAGAGGACUUAUCCUCCACGGACGUGACACAGGAUAAAACACCAGUGGCUAAUCUGGAAAGCAACCAGCCUCCCUCAGAGUUCAGCGAACAAAGUGGGACAGAGCCUGACAGGUCGUAUAUGGUUCCAAGAGAAGAAUUGCCAAGUACUAGUACUAUUACUGGACAUGUCACCCACACCACAAUCUCCUUUAGCGAAAAAUCUGAUAAAAGUGUGGGGGGAAACAGAACGCAAACAUCUCUGGAAGUAACGCAGGAUAUUUCUUCAAGCAGUGUUUUUGAAAACAGUAGGCCCUCAUUGGAGCCCAUCGGAUCAAACAUGGUGAAGAUUGAAACAUCAGCUGAAAAAACAUUUGGCACCCAUCCUGCUAAUGUCACACAUGACUUAAGCUCCUCGAGUGACAUGUCUGCUCAGUGUGCUGCAUCACAGCUCUCUACCUCUGAUGGGAAAUGCAACACUAGUUUAAAGAACGUCACCUCUGAGCUUCAUGUUGAACCUGUGCUUGACUGUAAUUCUGUGGAAGCCAAUGACAAGUCACUUACCAACCAUGAUGCUGAAGUGACGACCAAGGAGACACAACCAAGCCCAAAAACAUCUGGGUCUGCUAACGGCACGUUUACCUCCCUCCAGCCCUCGCAAUCGAGUUCCUCUAUGGAUCUAAACGCCACUGCCGAAAUAACUAGCCCUCAGAACAAGACUCUGGAUCUCCCUCCAUCUGAUGUAAACAGCUGCAAAGCGAAGAGUCAGGUUACAGUAGACGCUACUUCAGUCAUUAACAACACCAUCGAAGGUUCCCAGAAUCCAAAUUAUUCCGCUGUAAAUGCCAGUGGUCCCGGUAACAUGGUGAACGUCACUUUUCCCCGACAUUCUCUUAAAACAUCAAGUGCCGGUACCAUUUUAGUGGAAUCUGGUGCAGGAACAUUUUGCCUCGAAAACAAUACUUUCGAUGCUAAACUUCUCCCUAAGCAGAACGGCACAAUGACUUUGUCAGAAUCAGGCCCACGUGACAGUCACCAGAGUACUUUUGACAAGCCCUCUCUUAAUGCAACCAGUAGCCCUAAAGCAAACACUUCUAAUGCACAACGUCCUAAACUGGUAGAACAGAAUAGGACUACAGAUACAGACCCUAUUGCCAAGAUGGCUGCCACCCCUGAGAGCAAGUUGGAAGCCUAUACAGCUGUGAAUUCUGGAGUUGAUCGACGUAGAACUCAGGACCUUUCACAAUCGGGUCUGCCUGUGAUGGAUGGUUUUUCCGACAGUUUGGCCCAUCAAGGCAUGGAUACGUUCAACUUGGAUGAUACCCUUGAUUUGAAGGUGAAAUCUUUGAUCACUUCAACCCCAAUGCCUUCAAAAGAAGAGGGCAAAAUCUUAGGGGGAGUGAAAAAAACUGUAUGAGGAUGGUCCCAUUAAACCGGAUGGUCAAGUGCCGUCUGAGGUCCCAUCGAACCCCGUCUGUGACCGGAAAACUUUCAUGGAGCUUGUAGCUGCAAAAUCCCUUUUGCCUCCUUUGAAAACUGCAUCCCAGUUGUUCAAACACAAGACAGCCUCCGCGCUUCCAGGAAGGUUUGAGGCGCGGCCAUUCGGACAGAUUAUGACGAGACAAAGAGCAGAGGCUCUUAGAAAUACUGCUGCUGCUGCUGCUGCGGAUCCUCCACAGACUGCAGGAAUACCAAGCUCAUGCAAGUUACGUGCAACAACAGGAUCCAAGCAACCCAAUUCCGGCUUGCAGAGGCCGCAGUUGAGUGGAAUACCGACCGGGAUCCAGAGAGCUGCGACAGGUCUCAGACCACUAUCCAUGAGAAACGACACAUCAUCUUCUUCAAAGCAGCCAUUAACCAGAGGUGAACCUUUGCCACUAGCAAAGAGGAAGAAAAUGGAUACCACCUUCUCAAAUGGUAAUGCUGAAGCCUCAAAAUCUUCCUGUGAUACUGCAAACGGAAUCAAAAACCUCAAACGGCCCACAACCACUAAGAGAGCUUUGCCAGCCAAAAUCCAAAGGAAAGCUGCAGUGCUAGCCAGUACUCCAGCUGAAAUCCCACCAUCCUGUGCUGCUGUUAGCGGAGCCAAAGCCCUGAAACUGCCUGCGACCAGCCAUAGAACGCCGUUUGCUAAACCUAAAAGCCGUGGCUGCGCCAACUGUGCCGCGCUACAACAGCAACUGAAAAUGGCGUCGGAAGAAAUAAGGAGACUAAAAGAAGGGUUUGGGGCAGGGUUUCCUGUUUUGAAAAAGACACAACGGGUUGAGAGGGAUGAAAAUAGCCCAGACACCGUCUCUCAGGAGCCGGAGGAGAAGAGUGACACUCCCAAACAAGAUGAGGCACAACAGAAACCUAAAUGGAUGCCACCAAGACAUCCGGGAUUCGGAAACUCACUGAUGUCCGAGCUGAAGACCAAACUGAAAAAAAUCACGAAAGAAUGACAUGUGGAUGAAUUGUAAUGCUUUAUAUGAAUGUUUGGAUAUAAUAUACAAAUUGAUUUAUUUUUUAUGUAUUUAUGAAACUCAAUGCAGUGAUGAAAUGUUCAUCACAUUCAUUAUGUGCCUUAAUUUUUGUAUGUUUUGUAAUAAAGCU